GGUGCUUAUUAUCCCUCCACCCUCUGUCCCAAUUUUUCACACUUGCUUUUUGGUCACCCUCGCCGCCAUGGACCUGGUCGUGGAAACUAGCUUGCAGGUCCUGAAGAGGUCUGGGCAACAAACAGAGAGCUCAGCUGCCAGUCGUAUUGGAGGUGAUAGAGGAAGGCAUGUGCCAGCAUGUUCUAUGCCGGGCUACCUGCACUGUAAAGGAGACUCUGUGGGACCUGGAGGCAGCCCAGUGUUUGAUUUUUGAAGUCUUGGAAACUGCAUCUUCUUUCAGAAGGAGGAAGGAUGGUAAUUCUGAGGAAAGUUAUCAAAACUGUUCUCAGCAUUGAGCAGGCGGAAGGGGUUGGGGCGCGUGUUCGGAGAAGCAUUGGCAGGCCUGAGUUAAAAAAUGUGGAUCCUUUUUUGUUGCUUGAUGAAUUCAAAGGAGGUAAACCAGCUGGCUUUCCUGAUCACCCCCAUCGGGGUUUUGAGACGGUAACUUACCUGUUAGAUGGUGGCUCUAUAGCCCAUGAAGAUUUUUGUGGACAUACUGGUAUAUUGAACCCAGGAGAUUUACAGUGGAUGACAGCUGGGCGGGGUAUUCUUCAUGCAGAGAUGCUCUGCUCAGAGGAACCAGCACAUGCUCUGCAACUCUGGGUCAAUUUGAAAAGUUCAGAGAAAAUGGUGGAACCCCAAUACCAAGAACUGAAAAACAAAGACGUCCCCAAACCCUCCAAGAAUGGUGUGACUGUGUCCGUCAUUUCCGGAGAGGCACUGGGUGUAAAGUCAAAGAUAUAUACUCGCACACCAACCUUAUUUCUGGACUUCAAGCUGGAGAAAGGAGCCAAGCACAUUCAGCCAGUUCCCAAAGGAUGGACAUCUUUUAUUUACAUGCUGUCUGGCAAUCUGUAUGUUGGAUCUGAUGAUGCCCAACAGAAAAUCGAACCCCAUCACACAGCGGUGUUGGACGAUGGUGACUGUGUUCAGUUAGAAAACAAGGGUCCUGAAAUAAGCCAUUUUGUCUUAGUCGCUGGUGAGCCGAUUAAGGAAUCUGUGGUACAACAUGAUGGGGAAACUGAAGCACAGAGAGGGCCGUUUGUGAUGAAUACUCAGGAAGAAAUUAUACAAGCAAUUGAUGAUUACAGAAAUGCAAAAAAUGGAUUUGAGAGAGCUGCCACCUGGAAGUCAAAGAUAGGAAACCAAUGAUCUGCAAUGUUAAGAGUGUAGCUAGGUGUUUCAUAUUUGCAUCAUUAGGGUCUGAUCCUGCAAACCCUUACACAUGUGAGUAGUCCUGUUGCCUUCAGUGGAACUACUCAUAUGAAUAAAAAUUACUGGAUCAGGCCAGUAGCAUAUACUUAAUAUAUCUAAUUACCAAGGCGUGUAUGUGUGAUUAAUGUUUUUUAAGGGUUAAUGCUACAUUUUUUGCAUAUAUAUAUAUAUAUAUAUAUGCAAAUGUGUGUGGAAAGUGCAUUAAGUGAUUUUGUUUUGGUGUACAAAAAUAUAUUUCUCUUUU